CCAACCCAAGCUAGAGACAUAUCCCCACCCCCUUUCUAUCUUUCCCUUUACCUCCCCCUCCUUACUUCUCACUCUCUCUCCACAUCCUUCACUUCUCUUCAUCUUCCGCAAGCAAAAAUUCAUGUCGGGAGAGAAGUUAGGGGAGCUCUUCCACCAUGACAGCACCAUCUUCGAUCCAUACCCCCUUUUCUCGCUUCGAUCUGGCGGGACGCAAGGACUUGACUCUGGCCUCCCACAAUUCGCAGGAUUCUUAGACUACCUCCAAAGUUCCACCGACUUCAGCUUCGCGAGCUCAUUAUCGCAGGAACCUUUCAUCCCCAUCGGCGACCGACAUAAGGUCUGCAAGGCAGAGCCGGGAGGUACUGAGAACGUUAUCAGCCCAGGCUAUGGAGGUGGAGGGACCACGGCUUUGACUGCUAAUUCUUCAGUGUCUUCCUCGUCUACUGAGGCUGCCGGAGAGGAAGAAUCGGAUAAGAACGAGAAAAAUGAGGAGAAAGAGCUGGAGGAGGAGGAGGAGGAGAAUAAGGAGGGUAAAGGGGUUGAUGAUGGAGCUAAUGAAGAUGACAAGGCCAACAAGACAGUAAGCAAGGCGAGAAAGAAAGGAGAGAAGAGGCAAAGAGAGCCACGCUUUGCUUUCAUGACAAAGAGUGAGGUUGAUCACCUUGAAGACGGUUAUCGUUGGAGAAAAUAUGGACAAAAGGCUGUUAAGAACAGCCCCUUUCCUAGGAGCUACUAUCGUUGCACCACACAGAAGUGCGCAGUAAAGAAGAGAGUGGAACGAUCUUAUGAAGACCCAUCAAUAGUUAUAACAACGUAUGAGGGGCAACACACCCACCACUACCCAUCCAACGUGCGAGGAAGCUCCCACAUGCUCGCAAACCAGCAGCCUUCCGUGCCACCAGGCUUCCACCACGACUUCUUUCUGCAAACCCUAACACCUCCACUUCAGCAGCUUAACCUUCCAGCCAACUAUCAUGACCUUCUUCUCCUACAGAACAGCAUCCAUCAUCCAUCGUUCAUUAACAGCAACCAGCCCUGAUAAUGCAUGCGAUAUUAGAACGUACACUAGUUAAUGUUCUCCGUUUCUUGUACAUAUGGAACACUUGGAUUAUUAUAUUUCUGCUCUUUAAGUACUAGUAGCUAUGAUGCAGUACGGCUGCAUGUUAAUUUGAUUUGCUUUUAAAGUUGGAUGUGUUCAGAGCUAUUUUCUAUAUUUGGAGGGGAUUGGUGGAGAGGAGAUUUAUGCUUCUGAUAUUAGAAGUGAGUCUUUAAUGGCUGAGUAGGCUGAGAUUGUUCCGAAGAGAUAUGUCUUUUUCAUUGGGAAAGUAACAUGGUAUAGGGACCACUGCAUUUAAUGUGAAGUUGGGAGGAGGCGGAAGACAAUAGCGUGCCCUAUCAUGCAGAGCGAGCUUUUGGUCCAUGUUUG